GUCUGCUGCCUGCUCUGCUCUCCUGUGCCUGCUCUGCUGUGCUGUGCCCUGCUGUGCCUGCUCUGGGGCUCUCUCCUAGGCAGCCAGUGACAUCUCCAUCCCCAUCACCCAGCAAGGACCGAGCUGAUCAGGAUGAGGAACCCGGCGGGGACCUGCCUCUUCCUCCUGCCCUUGCUGCUGCCCAUCGCCUGGACCCAGGGAGACGGCAAAGAGGUGGAGAACACCGGCAAUUUCAUGGAGGAUGAGCAAUGGCUGUCCUCCAUCAACCAGUACAGCGGCAAGAUCAAACACUGGAACCGAUUCCGAGAUGAGGUGGAGGAUGACUACAUCAAGAGUUGGGAGGACAACCAAGCAGGAGAUGAAGCCCUGGAUACCACAAAGGACCCUUGCCAGAAAGUGAAAUGCAGUCGACAUAAGGUUUGCAUAGCCCAUGGCUACCAGAAAGCUAUGUGUAUAAGCCGCAAGAAGUUGGAACACAGAAUUAAGCAACCCAGCUUGAAACUCCAUGGGAGCAAAGACAAUCUCUGUAAACCCUGUCACGUGACUGAGCUUGCAUCAGUGUGUGGAUCUGAUGGCCACACAUACACCUCUGUGUGUAAACUGGAGCAGCAGGCUUGCCUGAGCAGCAAACAGUUGACUGUGAAGUGCCAAGGUUCUUGUCCAUGUCCAACAGAGAACUCUCCUACCACGACCCCCACCACCACCACUACAGAUGCCAACAAACAGGGAGAGACAUGUACUGGUCAGGACCUGGCAGACCUUGGAGACCGUUUACGGGAUUGGUUUCAGCUACUUCAUGAGAACUCCAAGCAGAACAGUACAGCAGCUGCAGGAGUGAAACAAGUGAAUGUGUUAGACAAGACCUUGGUGGCCAGCUGCAAAGACUCAAUAGGAUGGAUGUUCUCCAAGUUGGACUCCAACAAUGACCUCUUUUUGGACCAAACUGAGCUGGCAGCCAUCAACCUUGACAAGUAUGAGAUCUGCAUCCGGCCCUUCUUCAACUCCUGUGACACUUACAAAGAUGGGCGGGUGUCCACUGCUGAGUGGUGCUUCUGUUUCUGGAGAGAAAAGCCUCCAUGUCUUGCGGAACUUGAGAAAGUGCAGAUCCAAGAGGCUGCUAAGAAAAAACCUGGGGUUUUUAUUCCCAGCUGUGAUGAAGAUGGCUACUACAGGAAGAUGCAGUGUGAUCAGUCCAGUGGGGAGUGCUGGUGUGUAGAUCAGCAUGGAUCUGAGCUAACUAGCACAAGGAUACAUGGAAAUCCAGACUGUGAUGAUGUAGUUGGAUUCUCGGGGGAUUUUGGCAGUGGUGUCGGUUGGGAAGAUGAAGAAGAGAAAGAAACUGAAGAUGCUGGGGAAGAGGCUGAAGAAGAAGAGGGUGAAACGGGAGAGGCAGAUGACGGAGGAUACAUAUGGUAGAAACUCAGCAGCACAGUCCUGUCUGGGCCUUGCAGCCAAGUUUGGAAGACUGCAGUAAAUAGUAAAGAGAUGCCACAGUGAUCAGGAAACACAGAUGAAUGUACAUUAUAAUUCAACAGAAAUUGUGUGUGUGCGCAUGCAAGUGUGCCUGUCGACUGACUGCUUUGAGAUUGCAGCUCAUUUCCUCCCCAUACUAUAGAGGAGCUUUUCUACUGCAGACAAAAGAAACCCAUUUCCUAAUUUUCUUUAAAGUCAUGAGGAUGUUUGCAUAUACUCUAGCACUGGACCAUUCCAUUCUUUAUUCGUGAAUCAAGCACACAUGUCUGGGACACACUUUAUCUCUCCUGGUGAUGAGCUACUUCUAGCCACAAAAUAAAACACCAUAUAUACACAAUAAUACUAAAACACGCUGAGUACAUGUUAACAGUGUUUAUAUUACAAUCCAGAAUGGGUGGAGUUAUGUAGAUGAUUAAUGGUUCUUUUUGGCUGUAAAAACACAUAUCAAACAUAUAUAUGUUGUCAUUAACAUAUCGGGCUGGCUUAGAGUACAUGCCUUCUUGUAUAAUAAUUAGGGAGA